AUGACGCCAUAAUUUGUUGUGCCUUUUGUUUACAAUCGAGUAAGAUCUUGGUCUGGACAUUCAGAAUGUCAAGACUGUAGAUCUAAAUACAUGCAGAUUGGCAUACAGUUCUGUAUUAAUUCACCAUACUGAGAAUUCCGACCUAACGUCUAGAGGUAUUCUAGAUCUAGUUAGUGAGAUACAGUAAAGAAUCAUCAGAAUCAUCUAGCAUUAGAAAAAUAAAUAAUUAUGUCUAUUAAACGAGGUGUAGCGAACGGGAUAAUUCGAGGUUUGAGUGACUUCUGGAAAUGUGAAGAACUUCAAGACUUUACUGUCACACUUGGUACAACAAAGUUUGGGUGUCACAGGUUUCUUCUGGCAGCUUGUUCUGGGUUUUUUAGAGGACUGUUUAGAUCCGGGAUGAAAGAAACUGAGUUAAAAAAUGUGGACCUUGAAGACAUUUCUAGUGAAACUUUUGAGUUGAUCCUGGAAUCUAUUUACACUGGACAUGGUGUUCUAACAAAUGACAAUGUCAUUGACAUCUGGAGGGCUGCAGACAAGCUGCAGAUAGUUUUUCUGGUCACUGAAUGUGAACAUUUUGUAUUAAAGUCUUUGUCUUUAGAAAACUAUAAUAAAUAUUAUCAGAUUGGUUGCCUCUUAAGCUCUCAGCCAGUAACCAAAGCAGCUUGGCCAUACAUUCUGAAAAAUUUCCAUUCCUUUGUGCAAACAAGCGUCUUCUUGGAGUCGUCAAUAAAUGAAUUGUUAAAGUUAGUGCAGAGUCAGGAAUUGGUAGUAAAUUCUGAACAUGACGUAAUUAAGGCCAUUUUGAAAUGGACAAAGUUUAACCCUUUUGCACUGCAACACGACCUGUCGGACAUUCAUGAAAUGAGUUGCAAACGUUUGAGAACACUAGGGGUUAAUAGCAACGGCGAAGACAAUGAAGCAUUCUCUACAACAGCUCUUAGUGACGCCAAUUCUCAGAAUAGCUCUUCAGAUAACAGAGGACAACACCUGGGACUUUUGCUGUCGAAGGCCAGAACAUGCCUAUUAAGUCGCGAAAGUUUAGAAAUGCUGCUUUGCAACCCACUGGUCAGCGACAACAAGAUGGCCAGCGAUGUCGUGAAUACAGCUCUCUCGUACAAACUUCAAAUCGGGAAAAGAAAUGGCCAAUGGCCAACAGCGGCGAUACGUAGAAAUUGUAGCAGCUUUGAACACGUUGGCCUGGCAAUGAAACGAAAACUGAGUGGAGGUUGUCUAUUGCAGGCAUUCUCGUUGACAAGUAACAAGUGGCUGAAUCUGGACAAUACAGAUUUAAAGGACAGAGACUUUGUCGCUUUUUGUGUCAUGGACAAUGUCUUGCAUUACUUCUUCUUGGCGCCACUGGAUGACGCAAGACUUAAUGGAUAUGUUUACAUUUACCAGUUAGUCGACAAAACAUGGAAAGCUGUCAAAAUGUAUCUGGUCCUCAAGUAUGCCACGUUCUAUGUCACAGUCAUAAACGACUUCAUUUACAUUCUGCCAAGCAAUGGCCAAGUGAUGGCUAGGCUUCACCCGGCCUCAGAAACUCUUGUUUCUUCGCCUUCUGUACCAGCAGACCCAACAAUUAAAGACGACCAACCAAUUUGUCACGUGACGAAUUAUGAGCAUAUGAUUCUUGUGUUUUCAAGUGUAUCUGGGAAAGAUGUAGAGACUGUCGUCCAGUGUUAUGAUACGUCACAAAAUAUCUGGACACGUCUCAACAAUCUUGAAGGUCCAGCUAAAGGAAUGACCAGUUUUAAAGAUGACCAUUUUACUUACAUUUUACAGUCAAAUGGUGAUCUGUGGAAAAUAGUCAGGCCACAAUCAGAUUCUUUAGAAUUUGAAUAUGUGAGUUAUCUGUGGAGUAUUGACUGGUCACUUGUCGGUGCGAUCACGUUUUUCGAUAAACUCUACAUCUGUGGGGUCAAGACAGAAACACUUUCAGGUGAUACUCAGCUACGAAAGUCUCUGCCAGGUGUUUUCAGUCAAAUAGCUUUUAUAGAGCGUGAACCAGUUGAGAACAAGAUCUUUCUUCCUAUAAUAAUCAAGAAAACAUAAAUGGUCCAACUUUGAGAUAUAAGUAACUCAGAUUAAUAUAAGUGUAAUGAUUUCAUGUAUAUCUUUAGUAACAUCCUACACUUAAUAAUGUAUUCAUGCACUACGUAACUAAUAAUGAAUUAAUAAUAAAGUUGUUUUAAAGAUUAAUUGCUUUGCU